AUGGCCCAAGAAAACGUACCGCAGACAGAUCCUGCUGUCUAUGCUCAAUACGAGGCCAAAUGGGCCAAUGAGCCAGACACUACCGAGGCAUGGUUGGCCAGAGUACGCGAAGUUGCUGAAGUUUUGGGCCAGGAUGCAGCUCAACGUGAUCAAGAGAACAAGUCGCCCAGAGCUGAGAUUGCUCUUCUGAAGCACUCGGGCCUCUUGAAGCUCCUGGGUCCUAAGAAGUAUGGAGGCGGAGAGCAGCCGUGGAGUGUUGGAUACCAGGCCAUCCGUGAGGUCGCCAAGGCUGAUGGGUAA